AUGGCCCCUAAGUACACACCUCCUCCAACACCGUCACCGCCUGCUUCCUGUUACGCCAUGAGUGACGACGAAGAGGAUGAAUACAAUACCAUCGCCCAAGCCUCCUCGACGAGAGGGGUCAAGUUGCUCUUCUCCAAAAGCAAAGUCUACGUACAUCCCACUUCUUCCUCCAAAGACAAUAUCGCUGGGUUCAUCGCCCUCAUUCAACAAAAACCAAUCCCCGCAUCACAUGCCACUCAAUCCAAGAACCCUGAUGCGCCCUCCUACCUUCUUGCAUGGGUCCCAGAAUCCUCCCUGGGAGAGGCCUACGAUACAUAUGUGAAAGUUGACCUCUCUGACGACGCAUCGCCACCGCGCCAGAAGUACCUCGUUCCGCCGCUUCCGACUACCACCACAUACAAAGACCCCAUCGGGUUGUAUGCAUUUGCAGUCCCGCUAUCAGAGAUAUACUCGCUUCUAGUACGACCGCCAAGUCUAGGAUGGUGGUUUGGAAGUUUGGUGAUUAAUACUCGGGCGGGCGACGGCUUUCCAGCACUCUUCUUCCAUGAUGACGAGUGUGAGUCGACUAUUUUGCAGAAGAAGAAGAGGGUACGAGAGAACUUUGAUCCCUUCGGUAAUGAAGGGAGCUUAUUCUGGGGCGGUGACGAGGUUCUGCGCUGGCUCCGGAGAUAUGUGGAGGUAGAGCGCUCCUCCGUGGACCGUAACGUCUACCUCGUCAACCCAUCGGACGAGGACCAGCUGUCCUUUGGACGGUCGGCCACUCAUGGCGAUGCAUCAAUGCCACUAAAGGCUCAGCCAGAAGCUGCUGCGGCCGGGUCCAGCCAAGCCGCUGCGCCCGAUGCCAGCAUGGACCCCUUCAUGAAGACUCUCAAGGAGACCCGGUGGAAAGUAUUGGAGCAGCUCAGCAAGAUCACAACAUUCACCCGCCGAACUGCCAAUGAGAUUGCGGAAAAUCCUCGGAUUCCGCCUCAGAUGCGCCGUCUCAUGAAGAACCCCGAAAUCCAGACGCUACAAGAUGAGUUCGACAGUGCCAGAGUCUAUCUGGCCCGUUGGGCGAUGAGUGUAGCUGAUCAGAGCGAGAAGGACCGAAACCAGCGUAUAUGGACCGCACAGGAUAUGCUGGAGAUGGAGAACAGCUCAGUCGGAGACUUUGAAAUUCUUGAAAUGGAGACAGGGAAUCUUGCCCUCCAAGAGCGACGCCGGGUACUCAAAUUAGAAGAAUGGGAGGGAUUCUUCGAUCCAACAUCGGGAAGGCUUCAAGUGACCGUAGAAGAAGUCAAGGAACGAAUCUUCCACGGUGGGUUGGAUCCAAACGAUGGCGUCAGAAAAGACGCCUGGCUCUUCCUUCUCGAGGUAUACCCUUGGGAUAGCAGCCGGGAAGAGCGCCAGGCGUUGAUGAAUUCAAAGCGCGACGAGUAUAUCCGACUCAAAGCAGGCUGGUGGGAGCGGAUGGUCGAAGGUAAUUCGACAGUCGAGCAGUUCGAUCAUUGGAAAGAGCAGCGGAACCGCAUAGAGAAGGAUGUUCACCGAACGGAUCGAACCGUUCCUCUGUUCGCCGGAGAGGACAUUGCUCACCCCGAUCCCGAUUCUCCUUUUGCCGAGACCGGUACCAAUGUGCAUCUAGAGCAGAUGAAGGAUAUGCUCCUGACGUACAACGAAUAUAACCCAGAUCUCGGCUAUGUGCAAGGAAUGAGUGAUCUAUUGGCGCCGAUCUACGCGGUAAUGCAAGACGACGCUGUUGCUUUCUGGGCUUUCGUAGGAUUCAUGGAUCGAAUGGAACACAACUUCCUCCGGGACCAGUCCGGAAUGCGUGGCCAGCUAUUGGCUCUGGAUAACCUCGUCCAACUCAUGGACCCGCAGCUUUACCUGCAUCUGCAGUCGGCCGACAGUACCAACUUCUUUUUCUUCUUCCGUAUGCUCUUGGUCUGGUACAAACGAGAGUUUGAUUGGUCCGACGUGCUCCGUCUAUGGGAGACAUUAUGGACGGACUACUUCUCCAGCAGCUUCCAUCUGUUUAUUGCGUUAGCAAUCCUCGAGAAGCACCGUGACGUGAUUAUGGAUCAUCUCAAGCACUUUGAUGAGGUCCUCAAGUAUAUCAACGAACUGUCAAACACUAUGGAACUGGUUCCCCUUCUCACCCGCGCGGAAUCCCUCUUCCAUCGCUUCGAGCGCUCCGUCCAAGCCAUCGACAAGAAAGACAACUUCCCCGCUGCCCCGACCGCUCACCAACGCCGGCCCGGAGAUCAGGGCCCAGGCGAGAAAGGUAAAUCACCGGGACCUGCUGGAUCCAGCAGCGGAGUUAGUGCUGGCCCCUCGAAUCUCCAAAAGGCAGUGAACGCCGAUAAGCCGAAGGUGAUCUCCCCAGAACUCCGAGAGCUACUUCGUAAGGAUAUCCCGUGGAAACGAAGUGCACAAUAA